AGCUCUAUAUAUUAAUGUUUUCCACGUACACCACGUUAAAAUAAUCCAAUGUGUAACAUUCCAAUGGUCAUUCAUUGGUGUUGGUCUAGGGUGACCUGAGAGAAUCUAUUAAUUCCACUAUCACUACCAACAUCUGUUAUAUAAUCACUCAAUAUGGACCAUGGUGUUUAAUUAUAUUUUUAACGUUGUAUUGUUUAGUUUAAUAUCUAUUUUACCUGUUGCGGCUUUAGGUCUAUCACCUCGUUCAGCAGAUGGUUUACAUAAGGCUCACAUUAACAUCUCUUAUAGCCAUCCGCAGUAUAAACACACUUCUUCUAUUAUAGAUAGUUUUCGUCGUUCUUUAGAUCGUGCUAAGGUUGAGAAUUACGUUCGUGAUGUAAACAUUCAAUUAAAGCUAAAACCUACUAUUGAGCGUUUACUAAUAGUACAAGAACUCGGUGAACCUUUUUUGCGCUUUAGUCGUGCUGCAGAUGGUACUCGUAUUCUUUUGGGUAACAGUGACAAGGCUUCCUUACCCGAGAGCAUUUUAACUCAACUUACUGACCGCAACAUAUCUAUUCCUUGGCAUUUUCUGAUCCAGAAAGUGCAUAGACCUCAGGUGGUCAAUUCACCGGUGGAAUCUGAAUCUAGCCUUCCUAGUUCAAAGGCGGACUUUUUUGAUAAGGCUGAUGGACACAAAGAGCGAGUAGCAUGUUCAUCAUGGGACUUUCGCCCUCAGGAGUCUUAUAUAUAUUUACCGCGUUGGAUGAUGGAAUCUAUGGAUUUACGUCCAUAUGACACGGUAUACGUAACUCAAUUGAAAUUGCAAGAUGCUAUUUUUGUAUCUAUUUCUCCUGUCGAGUCAUCUUUUUUUGCGUUAUCUGCCCCCAAAGCUGUGCUUGAGGAGCAUUUAAAGCAGUAUUCCUCUUUAACGCGUGGUACUACUAUACAGAUAACUCACGAGGGUAUUACAUAUCACUUACGUGUUAAUCGCAUUGAAACUGAGCAUUGUAAGGAUGCUGAGUGUGCCUCUAUUCAGGACACUGACGUAUCUAUAGACUUGGUAAAAUCCUAAAUUACUUUUGUAUAAACUACUUAAAUCCAGAUUAUAUAAUUCAUAGUAUACGCAUUAUCUAUUGUAUAAAU